AUGGCUGCAGGAAAAGGUCUGGGCCUUACGCAGGAAGGAAUUUCCACUCAGGUCACAAUGGCCUUCCUCUACUGCAUGUUUGCAGUGCUCUCUCCCCUGCAGCUGGCUGAGAGUGAGUUCUCCUCCGUCUUCCGUCUGCUCACGCUCUUCGCAUACGGGACCUACUCGGAUUACUUGUCCGAAGCUGGAAACCUCCCGCCACUGACUGAGGCUCAAAAGAACAAGCUGAGGCACCUGUCAGUGGUCACUCUGGCUGCCAAGAUCAAGUGUAUCCCCUAUGCAGUGCUGCUGGAACAGUUGCAGCUGAAGAAUGUGCGGCAGCUGGAGGAUCUAGUUAUUGAGGCUGUGUAUGCGGAUGUGCUGCGCGGAAGCCUGGACCAGCGCAAUCAACGCCUUGAGAUCGACUACUGCAUUGGGCGGGAUAUCCGCAGGGAGGAGCUCAGCACCAUCACACGCACGUUGCAGGAGUGGUGCCUGGGCUGCGAAGUUGUCCUGUCAGGGAUUGAGGAGCAGGUUAGCCGAGCCAACCAACAUAAGGAGCAACAGCUAGGCCUAAAGCAACAGAUAGAGAGUGAGGUGGCAAAUCUGAAGAAGACAAUUAAAGUGACGACAGCAGCAGCUGCAGCAGCCACAUCCCAGGAUCCAGAGCAGCAUCUAACAGAGCUCAGGGAGCCAGCUCCUGGCACCAACCAGCGUCAGGCCAGCAAGAAAGCUUCUAAGGCCAAAGGGCUCCGGGGCAGCGCAAAGAUCUGGUCUAAAUCAAACUAGCUGGAUCUCUAAACUCCUGGGAGGGUGAGAGGGAGACAGCGGGGUUAAAAAGCAGGUGUCCUGAGUGUGAUACUUCUUUGCUCAUCUCCAGCAUCUGUCUGUCCAGCAAGUUCUCCUGCACAUUCAUUCUUUUACCAUCUGCUCUAUGCUUCUGUCUGUCCUCGACCUUCUAGCAAUCUUUCUCUGUCCUCCCCAUCUCUUAGCACCUCAGCUCCUCUGUUCCACAUGUCUCUCUCCCUAUCCCUUGACAGGUAAAUGUAAAGAGCCAUAGGACUAACUCCAUUGCAAUCACCUUAGCACCAGAAUAUCAUGGAAGCCUGCAAGUAACUUGCUCUGGUGCUUAGCAGCUAUUUUGGCUCUGUGGGAUCCUUGGACAAUUUUGCUCCAGAGCGUAGCUGCCGUCUUGAUUUUUUUCUUUGUUUUGCUGGGUGAGUGUGUGUGGGAUUGUUUAAAAAUAUAAAUCUCUCUCUAUAUAUAUAUAUCUAUAUAUUAAAAAUAGAUCUGUGAAUAUACCUCUAUAAACUUUCCCUCCUGACGUGUUCUCUUACUACUGCGGGGGAAGUUUGCAGAUGCCUGAAGUCGCAAAGCAGCCAAUGGUAGCUUGAGAGGGCCACCUCCUGUUGGCUGAGGUGGGGCAAGGGACCCAACUUGAAUUUGUCUUUCAUCCUGUGCAAUAAAUGGAGAGAGACUUUCUA